AUAACGAGUCGUAUUCAUCACGCUCAUCCGCACCGGAAAGAGAGAAAUCUUCAGAAAAAUGUUCAUCAAUCUCUAGCGAGUGAUGUCGAUAGCGAAAUUAUCACAAGCAGAACGACAGNAGCAGGAUCCGAAGCAAUUCUUCUCGCUUCAAGUGCCAACAAAAGUGAUGCCAGUACUUCAGAUUAUCCAAGCGAAACUCCAUCAUCUUUGAGUUCUUUAGAUGAUUUAGAUACGAGAGGAAGCGAUUAUCACUUAGAUUCCGAACCAGUUUAUGCAGAUAUUCAAAGGAAAUUCGUUCAACCGACGUAUCCGAAUCACGCAUCGAAAAUUGAAGUGAGAAAUUACGAUGAUUUCUUUAUUACCAAAACGUCGAAAACUACACUUACCGAAGAAACUAUCAAUACAAGAAAAGUUUACGACAAAACCAAUCCCCAUCCUAGUCAAUGGAAUGUUAUGUUUCGCAUUUUAAAUUCCCCAAAAACGAUCGAAGGUAUGGAUUUGUUAACAGAAAAGGAUAAAGAAUUAUUGAAAGAUAAAAUAGUCGACGACGGUCGAUUUCGUCAAUUGAUACAAGAAGCUACGACCAAUCGCGAUAUGGACAUUUUAACGAAGGAUUCGUGUUAUUCUCACAUGUACAAUCCAGAAAAAUGGAGUGUCAUCAUACGAAUUCUUAAUUCUUGCGAUCGUAACGAAUGGAGAAACGUCCAUCAUUCACCUGUACCAUCUUCGAGAGCCAAUUCCAUUCGCUCUUUGACAGAAAUAGACGUUAACUUCAACCAUUCUGAUGGAGAAGAAUCAAUUUCCAGCAUGCCAAUGUCACGUGUGGCGCAGGAGAGAUCAACAUCGGAAUACUUAGAGGUUAUUCCUGUCAUAAGCAGGAGAAAUCAUUCCAAUUAUUCAUUUUCUGAAUAUUCCGCAGCCAAGAAUUUGGAUUCUCAGAAUUCACGAACUGUUAAUACCAAUGUUACCCGCGUGCCAAGUAUUGGGGAAAGAGAAACUGUUAAAUCUGUAACCGAAGAACACGUUUGCGAUUGGCAGAAAUAAUUAUUUUUAAAAUAAUAAAAUCGUGAAAUCAUUUUGCAAUACGAAACUGUGA